CCACCGACACUCUCCUCCGCCACCGACACUCUCCUCCACCGACACUCCACAACACGGCGAGGAAGGAAGGGAUGGUUGGCUCACUACAGCUGCUGCUCUCCGGCUCUAACAAGGGAUUAGUCCGCUAAGUGCCCGGGCUGGGAUCUUCAUGACUGCCUGACACUGUCACUGCCACCAUGCGAGCACAAAUUGAAGUGAUACCAUGCAAAAUUUGUGGAGAUAAAUCUUCAGGAAUUCACUACGGUGUCAUCACUUGUGAAGGCUGUAAGGGAUUCUUCAGAAGAAGUCAACAAAACAAUGCCUCUUAUUCGUGCCCAAGGCAGAGGAACUGUUUAAUUGACAGAACAAAUAGAAACCGCUGCCAGCACUGUAGACUGCAGAAGUGUCUUGCCCUGGGAAUGUCUAGAGAUGCUGUCAAAUUUGGGCGAAUGUCUAAAAAACAGCGAGACAGUCUAUAUGCUGAAGUUCAGAAGCACCAGCAGCGGUUACAAGAACAAAGGCAACAGCAGAGUGGAGAGGCAGAGGCUUUAGCCAGAGUAUACAGCAGUAACAUCAGCAAUGGUCUAAGCAAUCUCAACACUGAAACAGGCGGCACUUACUCAAAUGGACAUGUCAUUGACCUGCCAAAGUCAGAGGGUUAUUACAGUGUGGAUUCUGCACAGCCCUCACCAGACCAGUCAGGCAUAGACAUAAGUGGAAUGAAACAAAUAAAGCAAGAACCUAUUUAUGACCUAACGUCCGUACCAAACUUAUUUAUGUAUAGUUCUUUCAACAAUGGACAGCUCUCACCUGGAAUAAGCAUAAGUGAAAUUGAUCGAGUUGCACAAAAUAUCAUAAAAUCUCAUCUGGAGACGUGUCAAUACACAGUGGAUGAAUUACAUCAAUUAGCAUGGCAGACCCAUAGUUAUGAAGAAAUCAAAGUAUACCAGAGCAAGUCCAGAGAAGCUUUGUGGCAGCAGUGUGCCAUUCAGAUCACUCAUGCAAUACAGUAUGUAGUAGAGUUUGCAAAGCGAAUAACAGGCUUUAUGGAGCUGUGCCAGAAUGAUCAAAUAUUGUUACUUAAGUCAGGCUGCCUAGAAGUUGUUCUAGUAAGAAUGUGUCGUGCCUUCAAUCCAUUAAACAACACUGUUUUAUUUGAAGGAAAAUACGGAGGGAUGCAGAUGUUCAAAACAUUAGGUUCUGAUGAUUUCGUGAAUGAAGCAUUUGACUUUGCAAAGAGUCUAUGUUCCCUCCAGCUAACAGAAGAGGAAAUUGCCUUGUUUUCUGCAGCCGUAUUAAUAUCACCAGAUCGACCGUGGCUGAUAGAACCGAGGAAAGUCCAAAAGCUUCAAGAGAGAAUUUAUUUUGCACUUCAGCAUGUGAUUCAGAAGAACCACCUAGAUGAUGAGACACUGGCAAAGUUAAUAGCCAAGAUACCAAACAUAACUGCACUUUGCAACUUACAUGGAGAGAAGCUGCAGGUAUUUAAGCAAUCUCAUCCAGAGAUAGUGAAUACAUUGUUCCCUCCUUUGUACAAGGAACUUUUUAACCCUGACUCAAGCACUGGCUGCAAGUGAAGACAGCUGGAUCUUUCACAUAGCUAUGGAAUGCAUCACUACUAAGACAAAAGAAAUGUGCUCAAAGGACUUACAAAAAACACAAAAAAACAUCACUACAGCAGCACUAGGAAUGUCCUGCACUUACUAGAAUUAUUUUUCACCGCUACAGUUUGAAGAAUGUAAAUACGCACCUCUGAGUGAGGCUCUCUCAUUCUCUUCUUUAAUAACUAUUUGAAUUUCCUUUGGAACUGAUCAUUUAACACUUUAGUUGCCGGGAGGGGGGGGGGGGGGACUGUGCAAAAAUAAAUAAAUAAAGUAUUGCAAACUCCCCUGGUAGCUGAAGCGUCUAUCUUAAUAUAUAAAACACUGGGUGUAUUUACUUUUUUAUAUAUAAUUUGAGAGACAACAAUUUAUAGAAUUUUAUUGUAGAUAUCAACAAGAGUAUAUACUUCUAUAGUAUUACUCGUCUUUCUGGAUUAUUUACAAUCUAAUUUAAAUUUGACUUAUUUCUAUGUUUUAGAUGCAUGUGU